CACUUUCUGUUAAGCUCCGGACAGCUGAUGUCAAGCGGCUACAACUUGGCAGUUUUUUUUUUUGUUUGUUUGUUUUUUUUAACUAGCUGUUUUAAAAGGUACUGCGUUCAGUUUAAGUUUACUGUGUGCGACUUAGUAGGCUGGUGUUGUUACUAUGAUCACACAGACCGAACUUAUUUAGAAAUUUAUCCCCCCGAGCUCAUGAAUAAUUAAUGAGGCAGUGCUGCCAGAGACGCCUUUGGAAGUUGACUUUACAAACUUUGUUGAGAGUCCCAGAACAGGGUAGGAACGUUGAGACAGUGGUUAGGGAAAAGGACAGGAGAAAUUUUAAAUAACUUUUUUCCCAGUCUGGGAAAACAAGCUACCUGGUAUAUCAGGAAUUAAAUGUAAAAUAUUCAUACAAUAAAAUUAUUUUUCAGAUAAAUGCUUCGGAGAAUCGGAAAGAACACACGGGAUAUAUCCUACUAAUAAAACUUUAUUUUUAAGAAAUAUAAUCGAUUGUAGAUUUUGGACUGACUAAUCGUAACUAAGCGUAAAGAUUAUAAGGAUUUUAAAGCUUUGUUUUUUUUUUUUUUUUGUAUUGUCUAUUUUCCCAAAGAAAAUGAACACCAAUUCUCUUCACCCUCUGCCGGGACAGCAAGUCAUCCAUGUUGCCCAGGACCUCGACACUGAUCUGGAGCAGCUCUUCAAUUCGGUCAUGAACCCCAAGCCGAGUUCCUGGAGAAAAAAGCUGCUUCCAGAGUCUUUUUUCAAGGAGCCAGAGUCCGGCUCGCAUUCCCGGCAGUCUAGCACCGAUUCGGGCAGCCUCCCUCCCCGGUUGACUGUGCAACAUGUCCGAUCACAUUCCUCCCCUGCCUCACUCCAGCUUGGUGGGACCGGAGCCAGCGCGACCCCCAGCCCGGCUCAGCACGCACAUCUCCGCCAGCAGUCCUUCGAUGUCGCCGAUGAACUGCAGUUGCCAUCAGGUUGGGAGAUGGCAUUCACUCCGUCCGGACAGAGAUAUUUUCUAAACCACAUGGAAAAGAUAACCACAUGGCAGGAUCCGCGAAAGACCAUGAGCCAAGCGAUGAACCAGAUGAGCAUCCAUCCACCGGCCGCAUCCAGACCGAUGCAGCAGAGAUCGAUGGCAAUGUCUCAACCAAACCUGGGACAGUUGCCUGAAGGCUGGGAACAAGCAACGACAUCUCAGGGAGAAACGUACUUCAUUCACCACAAAACCCAAAGCACGUCCUGGCUCCACCCACGGUUGGAUGCAAUGAUGCACCAGCACCAGCAGCAGCAGCAGCAGCACCAGCAGCAGCAGCAGCAGAUGACCUCCAGUCCCCCAGUCUCCCAGCAGAACCUCCCAACCCCCAACGCCCAGGCAGGGAUGAUGAACCUGCCCAACGCACUGACCGCCCAGCAGCAGCUCCAACAGAAGAUGAGGCUGCAGAGGAUCCAGCUGGAGAGAGAGCGCAUCCGCAUGAGACAGGAGGAGCUCAUGAGACAGGUGGCGCUGUGCAGACAGCUUCCCAUGGAAUCGGACAAUAUGGCUCAAAUACAGACAGUAGUUAACACACCCGCCAUGACGCAGGACAUGAGAACCAUGCCAACCAACGGCUCCGACCCCUUCUUAAACAGCGGACCAUACCACUCCAGGGAACAGAGCACAGACAGCGGGCUAGGGUUAGGCUGCUACAGCAUCCCCACCACUCCCGAAGAUUUUCUCAACAAUGUCGAUGAAAUGGACACUGGAGAGAGCAUAGCUCAGACCACCAUGUCAGUAAACCAGCAGAGCCGCUUUCCAGACUUUCUGGACUCACUCCCGGGAACCAACGUGGACCUCGGCACGCUGGAGGGAGAAGACCUGAUCCCGAUCCUCAACGACGUGGAGUCCGUGCUCAACAAGAGCGAGCCCUUCCUCACCUGGCUGUAGGCAGGGUGGAGCUUUAACAAACACAAACUGUUCACAUUUCCUUCUGGGAUUAGAGGGCGAGGGGUGCAGAGCAAACAAACACACCACCCCAUCCAGCUAACAAGACUUGCUAUUUCCGCUUUCUGUCAUAGCCUGUUCAAGUGACACUUAUUCUGCCAUAUGUAAACAAUAUUUACUACAUUUAAUGUACUCCCUUUGUGGUCUACCAUGUAUAACUCUAAACUAGUAUAUAGACCUUUGCUUCCUACUCUGCCCCAUGGGAUUAAACACCCAUUGCUUGUGGCUCAUAAUGAACUAAAGGACAUGCUGCAUUGCUGACAAAGGCUUGGUUUGGAUCAGACACACUAAUGCAGAGUAUAAAUUUGGUGAACUUAUUUAUAGAUGGUACCAAAUACUUUUUUAUAUAAUGUAUUUGUGAAAAGUAAAGCUUUAAUGAUUAUACAUAAACUGUAUGUUUACAGUUUCAAGUAUUUUUUUAAACACAAUUACAAUAAACACACUUUGCUAGCCAAUCAAAGAAACCAAUUAGUUAUUCUAAUUUCUGGUGCCAUGUUAUAUUUCUAGAUAUACAGCUUGCGUUUUGAUGUUGAUCACAUUAAGGAAACUGUUUUUUUUUUGUGUGUUUGUUUGUUUUCUUUAUUUUUGUUUUUUGUUUUUUUAUUAUUAUUUUUAGAAUGAAUUUGAGAAGAAUCAUUGAUUUUAAAAAUAGUUGUGUAAUGUUUUAAGCACUAGAAGUCAGCAAAUAAUUGUAAGAUUUCUUCAAAAAAAAAAAAAAAAAAAUCAAUGUUGUAUGUUUUGGGAGAAGAUUUUAAAUACAAAUUUUAGGGCCCACUUUGUAAACUGUAACUUUUAAUGCAAAAAAUGUGUUUCUAUGGGAAUCAUAAAGCAGAGAAUUUUAUAUUUGCAAAGUGGGCUAGAAUUAUAUACCUAAAGACAACAGCAUAUAAGUGUGUGCUGCAGGGAUUCCAAAAAAAAAAAAAAUUCAAUAAUUCUGUAUUACUUGGGUUGUCUAAGUAUUAAUGUACAUAAAAUUUGUGAUAUCUUCAGUUAGACAAAUAUGGGUCGAAUCUUAGUAUCAGAAGACACUCUGAAGUCCACCUGCAGAACAACUUGAUAAUUUGUGAUGGUAAUCUUUUAUUUCUUUCUUGCAUGUUGGAUGCCUUACCUGCUAUUCCUGAUGUAGGUGAAAUAUAAUCAUGUUAUUUAUCAUGUCCUCUAUAUUAUUUUAUUUUAUGCAGUCGUGAAACCGUAGCAUAUGCCUUGUUUAAAGACUGUUUUCAUUAUUAAUUUGGUAUCCAUGAAACUGUUACUGUCUAUGUGGUUAUUUUUUUCUCAGCCUUUUUAAAUGUUUACAAACACUUAAAAAAGACAGUCUUUAAAUGAAGAGCCAUCUAGAGUUUCAUGCGAAAGGCUUAUAGACUUUAAAGGACUGAGAAAGCAAGAGAGCUGCUGGAUUAUUAAAAACAGGAUGAAUGCAUAAAGCAGUUCCUCCAGCACUGCUCAUGACGUCCAAGCAAAGCCAGCUUCUGUAAACUGAAUCUAAAGUAUAUUAACUUUAUUUGUUGGACUCUUAACGUACACAGGAGUCCAGAGUGUUAUAAAGUGAGGAGAUCACAGUCUGCCAGCUUUUCUUGCGUGAGGGAGAACAGUCUAAACAUUCGCAGGGUGUUGCGUUGUGUUUGCAAAGGGAGAACUUUUGAGUUUAUUCUGUCCGACAAAGAGGGGAGAAGCAGGUAAAAGAGAAGUCAGUGUGAAUGCUGUCAUCAGAAGCAGUGUCUAAGAGAGUCAGUAAAUCAUACACUAAAUAAAGAAAAUGCUCAAUGAGUAUCCCAGAUUAAACUGGGACCAUGGAAAUUAAGCUCUGUUAUUUUCUACUAUACUGUAUUAUUACGAUAAAAAAAAUGUAAAAGUAUUAGUUAUCCAAAUGCAGAUAACCGCCAAAUUUAUAGUACCAGAAUCACCCCAAAAUUGUAUUUUUUCCUGCUGAUAUUGAAUUAGUUGCGGUGUAAGUCAGAAUAAAUGCCCCAUCAGCGAGGUAGAUGAACAGGUGGAGCCAGUUGUUCUAUAGGUUACAUUCCCAGUCAUGACACGUGCAGUGCCUGGAUUUACUGGGAUACAAUGACAAGUCCUCCCUGUGCGCUUAUCAGUAGAAGGGUUUACUAUAUGUGAGUGGUGAUAGCAUGUUAGUGAAUGCUGGAAUCACAAACUAAUGUUGUUAUAUGCAACAGUGUGGAGUUCACAUAUAAGAAUGUAACCCUCCAUGUGGAGACUUUGAAUAGUCAUGUAAUUCUCUCUCUCUCUCUCUCUGUUUUAAUACAAUAUUGAUUGUUGAGAUAUUAGAUAUGUUUCUCUGUAAGCGUGAUACGUACUGUUUUGUGCCUGUUGUUUUCAAGUGAAGUGCAUGUUUCUAUUGUUGUUUUUGCAUACAGAGAGUAUACAGGUCAAUCCGAUCACAUUACAAUUUAUUAUACACA